CUUUUUAUUUAUUAACCAAAGGAGUUUUGUCAUUAUGACUACAACUUACAUAUGACUAACCAGCGUUGUCUGUUGUCUUAAAUUGAUGGUCCUGCAUUGCACUGUUCGAUAUCAAAAUAUGGUGCAGUGGGGCAUUCACAAAAUGUGCAUCUUAUUCAGCUAACCAAAUGAACAAAGUUUUAAAUACUUUUAUACACAUUAAACUGUGCACCCCCUAACUCUCAUACAUACACUCUGGGGAUAACAAGAAGUUUGAGGGGCUAAGAUAACUGAGGCUUAUGCUCUGACAGUGUGUGUGUGUGUGUGUGUGUGUGUGUGUGUGUGAGAGAGAGAGAGAGAGAGAGAGAGAGGGGCCUCCUGUUCUCUCAAAUGUAAUAACUGCACAGCUAAACACAGGUAUGUUGAAGCUAAAUGAAGUGGCAGAUCCUACUAUGCUAACCCCAGUCUGUGUCUUCCUAUACUUCAUACACGUACAAAUACAAUUCAUAGACUAACCUUGUAUGGGAAUACUAAAAACAGAUUGCUCUUUUAUGUUGAUCGGAGCACUCCAGAGAACUGAGCCAAUAAACAUUGACCUGUUGAAGAUGAAUUUUCUAUCAGAAUAAGCAUUGGGAAUCCACCUCUGACUGCACAGUCAUAGGGAGCUGUGCACCUGGGUCACAGCUAUUCAGUAAGGGAAUUCCCAAAAGAAAGGUUUUCGCUGAUUCUUUAUGUUGGAACAUUGAUUAUCAACACUGUGCCAAUAAACUCAGUAUUUUUACUCCAUUUUCUCUGCUUUACCCUAACGUUCUCUGCAUCGCUAGUGCAGAGGAAUAGCUGCUGGGAAAGAUUGGACUUGGAUUUUUCUGUUGCUGCCUUCCCCCACAUUUCCCCUUGAAUUACAAAGCCCAUCUGAUGCUAGUGUAGGUAUGUUUCAGAGUAGCAGCCGUGUUAGUCUGUAUUCGCAAAAAGAAAAGGAGUACUUGUGGCACCUUAGAGACUAACAAAUUUAUUUGAGCAUAAGCUUUUGUGAGCUGCAUCUGAUGAAGUGAGCUGUAGCUCACAAAAGCUUAUGCUCAAAUAAAUUUGUUAGUCUCUAGGUGCCACAGUGUACGUAUGUAACACACAUUUGUCAUCCCUUCAUGCUUCAUCAUAGUAGCUUAGCAGACUCUGCCAUCAGAGUGGACCUCCAAGCACUACAAGUAAUAGUAACAGCUCUACCUCUCCUGAGACCAGUGCUUUACACAAUCCAUGUUUGAUACCUCAUGUUAAUAUGAAGAAAACAGUAAAAUCCUCAUUGCUUUCCAGUCAGACCAAUUCCUUUGCUUUUCUGGAACGAUUUCCCUCUCAUCCGCUGGAAUUUAACUCAACCACUGAUGCUUGAGGACCUAAGACACCUCAGUGGGGUGGAGCUAAAAUCAGGAAGCAGUUUAUUGUUUUCACUCAAAUAUCAGCUCAAUCUGAGAGCAUCAGUUGUUUUGCAAUUAGGAAUAUGUUAAUUAGUCCUCUGUCCUCUACACCUGGGACUAGACAUGGAGAUGGAGAAUCGCAUCGAUAAACAAUGGGACUGCCACACGAGAGAGGCCAACUUUACUAAGGAUGACACAGGUUAGCAAUUUUACUUUAGAGCUCUCUCUCCUGUACCAUUCAUGAGAUGGAAGAACAGAGGAUAAUAAAUCCACAUCUACAGACACACACGAGUGAGAAGUCAGGACUGGGACAUUGGCCCUUCAGUUGCCAAAACACAGGUUUCUACCCCAUGAGCUAAAGGAGAACUAAUUGCUAAGCUAGCAGAAGCAAUAGGUCACUUGUCCUCUGUGUGGGCCAAUAUCACUCACAUACACAAAGAGCCAGGACAGUGUAGGAGGGGCAGCAACUCUUUUUUUGUCUUCCAAGACAAAAGUGGGUAAAACAAAAUAGAACUACCUGCUGGUCCCUGAGAGACUUUCCAUUCUCUUCACCAUCAGUCCCAGGGAUCUUUCCGACUAUGCUGAUGGUGUUCCCCAACCACAUCUUAUCAUUAGUACUGUUCCCACAAUACUAUUCACAUGGAGCCCUGAAAUUGGCUGCAAGAUUUCUGAGGGUAAAGUUGCAUGGUUGAAACAUGUAGCUAAUACUCUCCUCUGCUUUUCUUUUAGUUCCAUUAGCCAUCAUCUCCAAGUUGUUUAUUAAUUCCUUGUCAAGUUGACACAAGGCUGGAGAAGACAUUCUGCUGGGGUGGCUACACAAGGGAAAAUGACAAAUGUUCUUUGGUAUAUUCCACUCCUUGCAGCCUGUCUCGCUGAGGUUUCUUGAAGGAGGAGCUAUCUGCCUUUCCAAACAAUCAAGGCUGAACAAGGACAUGCCUGCUCAGUGAUAUUUGAGAAAGUAAUUUUAGGACUUAUGAUUAAUGUUAUGGGAUACAAAUAGCACUUUUUAAAAGCAGAGAAAAAACAAGAGCAUGACUCAUGUCACUGCACUGCAUAAGUUUCUACUGUGCAGCUUCUGUCAUAAAAUGAAGCAGCAGCAUUGUUUCCCUGACAGCCUAUGCAGAGAGCUGGAUGAAACAUAGGGAAUGCGUUUAACGUACAGUUGCACCCCUCUUCCAAAAAGAUCCAAAUGCGCUUUGCAGACUGUAUAUAUUAGGAUCACUCACUGACGAUUAAAAUGAAACUACAGCUGAGGUGGAAUGCAAAAUACACUCUGCAUCAGCAACACCACAUAACAGUUCUUAGAGAGAAAAGUAAAGCAACCUAGCUACCAUAGUGAUUAGGCGUUUUAUAAUAUUCUAUCUGGGAAUGUGUCUCCGGUUGAAAUUAGAUGGAAUUUAGGCAGAAUGUAAUUAGCCAAAGUGGGAUGCAGCCAGGACACGGGCUAAUAGAUCUACUCAUGCAAAAAGUGCUAUGCAAACUUUAAUGAUUACAAGUGAGAAGGAAUUUUCUUUUAUGCCCUCUAGAGGUGAUAGUAUUAGCAGCACAGUGUCCCAUAACAUCACACCAGGACACUGUUUCAAAAGAUUCUGUGGAAAGAAUACCACCUUCUGAAUUGCUAGCAUCAUUUAUUCCUGCAGCAUUCUUGCAGCUCUAUCCAAGUAUAAUGACCAGCCCAGACCCUGCAUAGUGUACAGGGGUUCUCAGGACAAUUUUUUGGUGCCCUCAAAGUGUAGCCACCAACUUUUGCUGAUGGCCACUCUCCCACUUUUUCCUAAAAUAUUUAAUUAGCUUUAGGAAAAACAAAUAAAUAUGCUCAUACACAGGUCCAAACCAUUAUAAUUUACUUAUUGCUAGCUAGUAAGUCUGUUGUGAAAGUGAUAUUAACAAACAACCAAGUAUUAUUUUUCACAACAGACUUACUGAGCCCUGCCAAGACUGGAGACAAAUUAAGCCCUGGAUGGGGGGUCGGGGAGGCAGCAGCUGCCUGGAGCCCAAAGCUCUGCAGCCAGAGCCUGUGCCCCGCCAGCCCAGGGCUGAAGCCCAAAGCCUGAGCCCACCAUCCCUGGGAAGGUGGGGAAUGCACCAGUUGCCUGCUCCUCAAGGUUGUGCCCCAUGUGUCUCCAGAGAGGGGUAGGAACCAACCCCUGCUGGUGGACUCAGCAAUCAACACUAAGGUGGAGCAUCCAUGAGCAAGGGACAGGAGGACGGGAGACUACUUCCUCCCCCCUCGCCAGCCAUCACAGCCCAGAUUGCUCUGGAGACAAGAAAAGCCCCUGGUGGCCACAUUUAAGAAAUGCUGGUGUAAGAUAUCUGAUGAGAUUAUAACACAAGGUAGAAUGGUAAAUGGCUUUCUUGAGGCUGGUAAUGGAAAAAGAAAAAUUAAUGAUAACCAAGAUAAGCCUAUUUUACAUAGUAUAUGGCGGGUCUCUAUCUUUAGAAAAGCUUUAGAUUCUCUUCAUGCUCACAUUCUUUUGCUACUCUGUGCAAGGGACCAGAAUAUGGACUUUUUCAAAAGACGAAUUCUAAACAAGUGAUACAGUGUGGGGGACUUGUCUCCUAGUCUCCAGUUUUCCUAUGCAGGCUCCCUAGUGGCAGUUCAGCAUUGACUUGCAGGAGAAAACUGCCCAAUAAGGAUGACUUCUUCAGGUGGGAGGCUUGGCCCAAGAUCUGUCUUUCCCUGCACUCUGUUCAGAGAAGGAGCUAGAGGUUGGUCUGCUCCUUCCUUUCCCACCCAAGAGCAGGCUGGGAAGGAGCAGCGCCCCUUGCAGUGCACUGGUAUUGUUAUCUUUAUUAUUUGCAUUGCCACUUCACAUUUUCAAAGCACUUUACAGACAUUAGCUAGAAGCUUGAAGCUAAUCAGCUUCCUUUAGCAAGGACCAUCACUGUGAUAAAGAGAUACACAUCCUUAUGCAUAUGCAGUCAAUCAAACAUUCAGAAGCAAAUACUGAGAAAAUGCAUGUAAUUUGCUGAUUUAGCCUUACUUCUGUUGUCAUUCUCUAUUAUUGUCAACUCGGUGUUAACAGAAUGUUUUGCUUUAAUACUUGAAUUAUAUUAAUACCUCACAUUAUUACACGUAUGAAGCCAAAUAUGGCGCUAACUUAGUUGCUUACAACCUCAAUCCUUACUCCCAAUACACAUUCCAAUAAAUUUAUUCUGUAAAAACAAUACAUUUUUGUUUUGUUUUUUACAGUAAACUUGUCAACUACAAACCUUGAAUAUGCAAAAGAUGUUCCAAGGACAAGCAUAACAAGGAUUGAUAAAACCAGACUGAAUCUGUUUUCACAAUAAAAGCUGGCAUAAAAAUAAAUAAAAUUCUCUAUUAUCACAAUAGCAACAAUAAUGUACACAGAAUAAUGGUUUUGGAAUGCUUACUACCUAGUCUAGAUCUAUCUCCAAAAUUAAAAACAAAAAACAAAAACAGAAGAAUGACAGGAUCCUUUUUUCAAGCCUUUCAAUACUGAAAAUUCGAUGUUUUGGUUUGGUUUCAUAAGGUUUCUGUAUCACAGUAAGCUUAGAAAUGGAAAGCAUUCGCUAGGCAGGCAGUGACUUAAGACCUCCAUAGAAGCCUUCCGUAGAAGCAGUUUUAAAAUGAACAACUAUACAUAACCACAGAUAUAUAUAUAUAUGGAACAAAAUAUUCCUCUUUAGGGCCCCAAGGGGCUAGCUUUCCAGCCAUCAUUUAUAAGUAUUGAUAACGUCCUGUCCUUUCACUCCAGUUUGCACAACUAAAAUGCCCACCUCAUUUUUAUUGAAAACUGCCCACGGAUAACUAGGCUGAUAAAUCCUGCUCUCUGUACCCUUUUGUACAAUUAUUUGUAUGCAAAAUGUUGCCUUCAGGAUUCAGUGACUGUGUCCAUCCCUAUAUUUGCAGAAGUCAGCUCUGAAAGACGCUACAAACUAGGUUCAAUUGAGAGCCAAAAUUUCAUAGGCUUUUCCCAGCAGUAGCUGAACCAUCCAAACUCCUGAGUCUGCAUCAUUGGGUUGGAAAUCUUAAUAGCACAGGCACUCAACAAAAAGUUUUCCUCUGAGGCAUGCCAGAAUAGAUCAGGAGGAACUCCACUGAAGGCAACAAGAUCAGGAUCCCAAGAAGGAUCAGGCCCAAGGUAUGCAACAUUGUGGGCUUAGCAGAGGGGCCAGCAAUGCUAGGCAAACACCCUUUAUCAUAGUAUUUCUCUACUGGGGGGUUGGCUCCCCAGCUGGAUGACUUCUCUGAACAUUUCAGAGCCUCACAGGCUACGUCUACACAUUUCCGAUUGAGCCUCCCAGGCCAAGGGGACAGAGGCUUUGAUCUGGAUACAGAGUUGGAUUUGGCUGGGAGAGGGGAAAGAACAGGGGUUACUUUACCUAUAUGAGUUGGUCCAUCCCUGCUGCACAGGCCAGCCCCAUCUGGAGUGGGCAGCACAGGGCGCAUCCCCCAGUACUGGGAUGGGGAGAUCAGUCCCAAGAAUCAGAGUUUCCCUUCAGCUCCCAUUGGAAGGACCUGCUCCUGGCAGAUCAGGCAGAGAGGGGCACAGGAGUCAGUCGGGCUGAGGUAGGGUUGCCAAGCCUACAGGAUUGUCCUGGAGUCUCCAGAAAUUAAAGAUUAAUUUUAAUUAAAGAUUUACACAACGCACAGUCAACCUGUGGAACGCCUUGCCAGAGGAUGUGGUGAAGGCCAAGACUACACAGGGCUCAAAAAAGAACUAGAUAAAUUCAUGAAGGAUAGGGCCAUCAAUCGCUUUUAACCAAGAUGGGCAAGGAUGGUGUCCCUGUCCUCUGUUUGCCAGAAGCUGGGAUAGGCAAUGGGAUGGAUAACUUGAUGAUUACCUGUUCAUUCCCUCUAGGGCACCUGGCAUUGGCCACUGUCAGAAGACAGGCUACUGGGCUAGAUGGACCUUUGGUCUGACCCAGUAUGGCCGUUCUUAUGUUCUUAUUAUGUCAUGUAACGAAACCUCCAGGAAUAUGUCCAAGCAAAAUUGGUAACCCUAGGCUGGGGGGGGGUUGGAGGCAGAGCCUGUGCUAGGCAUAAGCAAACUAAGCAAUUGCUUACAGUCCCAAGCAGCUCCAUGGACCAUUGUUCCCUCUAAGCUGUGCGCAUGUGUGCGCGCACACAGACCCUAAACUCCGCGCACAUGGCGAAACACCGCGCGCACAAAAAUUUGCACAGAAGCUCAACAAUUUGCACAGAAUAAAUUUUUUGUGCACACAACCUGCCAAAAAUUAGAGGGAACUUUGCCAUGGACCCCCUAUUAAUUAUUAGUAUGUGUUGUGUGUGGUGGGAGGAGAGGGGGGCAAAAUAUCCUUCUUUAGGGCCCACAGUGGGCUAGCACCAGUACUGGUCAGAGGGAUUCCUGGCCGUUUGAGCUAAGGGAGGGUGGGGCGCGACUCCUGGCAGGUCAGUUCCCAGGGGGAUGGUAGGACUCUGGCCUGGCAUCACCCACCCAGGGAACAGGGUUACCAUAUUUCAUGUUCCCCAAAAGAGGACACUGGGGAGAAGGGAGCAGGGAGGGGGUACAGUUGGAGGUGCUGGAGGGGUGUGUACUACUGGAAGGAUUACCGGGGGGGGGGCGGGGGGUGGUCCUGGAUGGGUACCUGUGAGGGGGAUACUCACUGGAGGUGAGGGGCAGUGUCACUCCCUGUCACAGUGGCACGCACAAGCCCAGGACCCAGUGCCAGCCGUCCGUCAGUGCCUCCCUGCGGGACCCCCUUCCCAGGGUUGGAACCGGGGUUGCAGGGGGAUGGACCAAUCGGCUGCUGCAGAUGCAGGGGAGGGACCAAUCGGGGCUCCCUCUGAGCUGCAACUGUCUGCUGCAAAAAAAGGACUGGACCUCAAUUUUAAAUUGUUUUGAUUCUCAGAAGGCUGGGUGCAGCUGACUGCGGGAGGAAUCACGCGGAGCUUAAAACCAGCCCCUUGACCUAUUCAGCCAGCCCCGCCCACUCUCUAGCUGCAGGCCAGGCCAGCAGGCAGAGCGAGAAGAUGGAAGCUGGAGAGAGAGCCGGGAAAAGGCAAGUCUCCUUGGGCAAGGCAGCCUGCAUCCUCACUGGGGCAUCCCGGGGCUUCGGCCGGUGCCUGGCCCUGCUGCUGGCCCCGCGGCUGGAGACCGGCUCCGUCCUGAUCCCAGUGGCCCGAUCCCAGGGGGGCUUGGCCGAUCUGGAGGCUGAGCUGCGGUCCAGUUCCCCCAGCUUGAAAGUGCAUUCCGUGCAGGCCGAUCUGAGCACGGAGGACGGGCUACAGCUGGUGCUCCGAGCAGUCCAGGACAGGCUGCCGGGAGCGGCUAAUCUGGAGCGGCUCCUCAUCAUCAACAAUGCAGGAUCUCUUGGAGACAUUUCCAAAUCCUUUGUGGAUUUCACCAGCCCAGCCGAGGUCAACAGCUACUUUGCCCUCAACGUCACCUCGGCUCUUUGCCUCACAUCCUCCAUCCUGAAGUCCUUCCCAGGGCACCCUGGCUUGUGCAAGACUGUUGUCAACAUCUCUUCGCUAUGUGCCCUGAAGCCCUUCAAGAGCUGGACGUUGUACUGCACGGGGAAGGCCUCGCGGGACAUGAUGUUCCAGGUGCUGGCACUUGAGAAGCCGGACGUCCGCGUUCUCAGCUAUGCCCCAGGGCCUCUGGACACCGAAAUGCAGCAGCUGGCCCGCACGAGGUCCGGAGACCCGGAAGUGCGCCAGCAGUUCCUCCGCAUGCAGCAGAGCGGGCAGCUGCUGGACUGCAGCGUGUCAGCCCAAAAGCUAGUGACUCUGCUGCUGGAGGACGCCUUCGCCUCCGGGGCGCACAUAGACUUCUAUGAAAUCUAGCCCGCCACCCGCCUUGCUUGCCCCCACCACACGCACCUGGGCGUCCGCUUCUGCGCCCGAGCUACGUACACGACGAGCGCGGCUUGUGACUCUCCUUCCUAAUCCCCACCGGGCGCAGAGCGGACCGCCAAGCGAGAGGGGCCUCGCCCGGGGGAGGCGGGAGCCCUGGGCUCGCCGAGCCAGCACUCCCCGGACGGGUCACAGGGGCAGCAGCCAGGCCGGGCUGGAAGAAGCAGCGGGGGCAGCAGCACGGGGUGGGGGCCCGCAAACCGCGCGGCCACCCCGGCAACCGCCGCCCAGGGCGCCCCCAACUGUCAGCUCCCGGCCCGGCCCGGCCGCGCGGCUCAGGCUACCCCUCCCCCAUCCCUUCUACCUCGCCCCGCGCCGUUGCCCCCUCCCCCUGGCCCGCCGCGCGCAGGGCAGGAAGUUGCCGCAGACGUCACCGCGCAUGCUCAGGUGGCCGGCCCGUGCCCGCCCCAGUCGCAGCGGGGUGGCUCAUCCCCGGGGCGGGGGGGCUGAGGUGCCCCAGGGUCUCGGGCUUGGCGGCCGCCGGUAGCGCGGGGCAGGGCCCUCCCGAGGCCGCAGCCACCUGCAGCGCCCCUCAGGCCGGGCCUCCGCCGCGGUGACCGCUGAGCCACCCCCAGCCGGCGAUUGCGGUAGCUCGCCUUGGCAGAGCCCGGGGUGCCCGCCCCCCCCCUCCGGACGCCGCCAUGGGGCGCGGCCCGGCCCGGCCCGGCCCCUGACUCCGCUCUCCCGCCUCAGUGCUCCGCUCGGGGCGGGCCGCGGCUCGGCCUCGCGCGCGCGCAGGGGGGAGCAGGAGCCGUUCAGCCCCUAGCAGGGACGCUGGGCUGCAAGGAGAAGUCAUGAAAUCAAAGCAACAGGAGUUCCCUUCAUCCACCGGCCAGUGACGGCAGGGGCUGGCAGGACAGUUAAGGGCAGCCCUUGCAAAACUUUUCACCCACUUCCUCAGAAAGAGGAGUUGUUUAAACGGGCAAGUAAAAUGUCAUUAUUAAUAAUCGUUAUUUUAUCAGUCAUCAUGGUAAAGGAUGAGCAAGUACGUUUUAUGGCUGGGCUGGGCAAUUUUCAUGACCGUAUGCAGGUCUGGUUAACCCUGAAGCAUUUUUAAUAAGGUGGAAAGUUGACUGUCCAUUCCUGUGGCACCAACUUUGUUCAUCUUUGAAACAGGACACACCCCAGGGCUCUGAGGUUUGCUAGUGAAUAUCUGCUA